GCAAAGGCAUUGGUGUGUGUAUUUGGCAAGUUGUGGAGGCAGAUUCACUGGUUAAAGAACAGGGAGGAGAAAGCACUCUUGGUAAUCAAAAGAGGAAGUAUCUUUGCACUGGGACUAAUACACAGAGAGCAGGGCAUUUAGUAAAGAAAAGCUAUCAAGGCCACAAGGAUAGUGUGAGGAGCAACAAGAGGAGGUGUGGCCUGGCUUUGCAGAGAGAUGGGAAGCAGCUCCGAAGACCCAUCUCGCCGCAAGCAAAAGGUAGAAAACAGAAAUCCUGUAGGCCCACCAGCGUCUCAUGAUGGGCAGAUGGGCUUUGAUAUGAUCUAUACCAUUGAAGAUGCUCCUCCGUGGUAUCUCUGCAUCCUACUGGGAUUUCAGCAUUAUUUGACAUGUUUUAGUGGCACCAUCGCUGUUCCCUUCCUCCUGGCAGAAUCUCUGUGUGUAGGAAAGGACCAGUACACGGUAAGCCAGCUCAUUGGCACCAUCUUCAGCUGCGUGGGAAUCACUACUCUCAUCCAAAGCACUGUGGGCAUCAGACUACCUCUGUUUCAAGCCAGCGCACUGGCAUUCCUGAUCCCUGCCAAAUCUAUCCUUGCACUGGAUAAAUGGAAGUGUCCUCCAGAGGAGGAAAUCUAUGGCAACUGGACAUUGCCACUGAAUACAUCUCAUAUAUGGCAACCAAGGAUGAGAGAAAUCCAAGGAGCAAUCAUCGUUUCCAGCCUGGUGGAAGUGCUCAUUGGGUUAGUGGGCCUGCCUGGGGCUCUGCUGAGCUACAUUGGGCCUCUCACCGUCACACCCACCGUCUCCUUAAUAGGCCUUUCUGUCUUCCAAGCAGCGGGAGACAGAGCCGGAUCACACUGGGGCAUUGCAGCCUUGUCAAUUGUAUUGAUCAUUUUGUUUGCUCAGUACCUGCGCAACGUGUCUUUUCUUCUACCUGGUUACAAAUUUGGGAAAGGAUGCACGGUUUUCCGGAUACAGAUCUUCAAGAUGUUUCCAAUCAUAUUGGCCAUUCUGGUGGUCUGGCUGCUGUGUUACAUUCUGACGGUCACAGAUGUGUUUCCACGUGAUGCAAAUGCCUAUGGAUUCAAAGCCAGGACAGAUGCUCGAGGUGAAAUCAUAUCUAUUGCACCAUGGUUCCGUUUUCCCUACCCGUGCCAAUGGGGAAUCCCCACAGUAACAGCAGCUGCCGUGCUGGGAAUGUUCAGUGCCACCUUGUCUGGGAUCAUUGAGUCCAUCGGGGACUACUAUUCAUGUGCCAGGCUUGCAGGGGCUCCUCCGCCCCCUGUCCAUGCCAUCAACAGGGGCAUUUUUACCGAGGGGAUCUCUUGUAUUAUUGCCGGAUUGCUGGGCACUGGCAAUGGCUCUACUUCCUCAAGCCCUAACAUUGGAGUCUUGGGCAUCACCAAGGUGGGCAGCAGGAAAGUGGUGCAGUAUGGUGCCGGGAUCAUGCUUAUCUUGGGAACCAUUGGCAAGUUUACAGCUCUGUUUGCUUCUCUCCCUGACCCGAUUCUUGGAGGGAUGUUCUGCACAUUGUUUGGCAUGAUCACAGCAGUGGGGCUCUCCAACCUACAGUUUGUUGACAUGAACUCCUCCCGCAACCUGUUUGUCCUGGGCUUUGCGAUGUUUUUUGGACUCACCCUUCCAAACUACUUAGAUUCACAUCCAGAUGCUAUUGACACAGGAAUUGGUGAAGUGGACCAAAUAUUAAAAGUGCUGUUAACCACAGAAAUGUUUGUUGGAGGAGGCAUAGCAUUCAUAUUGGACAAUACUGUCCCAGGGACUGAAAAAGAGCGUGGACUUCUACAGUGGAAGGCCGGAGCCCACGCAAACAGUGACACAUCUGCCAAACUGAAGAGCUAUGACUUUCCUUUUGGGAUGAAUGUGAUUAGAAGGACCUCGUGGUUGAAAUAUGUGCCAGUGUGCCCAGGUUUUAUGGGGUUUAACUUCAAGGCAAGGAGGGAUCCUGAUAUAUCCGAACCGAUACCCACUGUGACUACAAUCCCAGCUGUAUGCACAAAGGUUUGA